AUGACCAACAAAUUCAAGAUGUCUAUGAUGGGAGAAAUGAAUUUCUUUCUAGGAUUACAAGUGAAGCAAACUGAAGAAGAAAUACUGAUUAAUCAGUCAAAAUACACCAAGGAACUGAUCAACAAGUUCAGAGCUCAACAUAUGAAGACUGUGAAAAUUCCCAUGAAUACAAAUUGGAAAGUGGAUCCAGGAUCCGAAGGGAAAUCAGUAUCUCCAACAAAGUAUAGAGAAAUCAUUGGUUCUCUAUUCUAUCUGACUGCAAGCCGACCAGACAUCUCAUUUGCAGUUGGAGUCUGUGCAAGGUAUCAGUCUAAUCCAAAGGAAGCUCACAUGGAUGCAGCAAGAAGAAUACUUCGAUACCUCAAAGGCAUACCAAAUGUAGGAUUAUGGUAUCCCUCUGACGACAACUUGAAGCUAUCAGGAUAUUCCGAUUCAGAUUUUGCAGAAUGCAAAAUUGAUCGCAAGUCAAUUUCCGGCACAUGUCAAUUUUUGGGCAACAAAUUGAUAUCAUGA